AUGGUAUUACCAACAUUACCUCAAAUUUCAAAUACUAAAAAUGAAAAAUCUCGUCGUACAUCAACAGAAAUUUGGAAAUCAAAACGUAAAGAAUAUCCACCACGAUCGAAAAAAUUAGAGACUGCUGUUCGUAAUGCCGCUGUUCAAAUGGGCUGUUGGACGUUGUGUGAUGAUUACUUGUUAAUAACAAGCACAUUACAACUUUGUGAUUUGAAAAUUGUAUAUGAAAAAGUUCUAUUUUCUACACAAUUUUCAUUGAAAAAUAUACGAGAUCGUUGGCGCUGUUUAAUUUACGAUUUACCAGUAUCAAAAAUGAUUUUAACAAAACUACAACAAUUAAAAUCAUCUCAAAUAAUUGAUUUACAUUCAUUUAUUCCCUUCAGUAAUCAAGAAGAAUUAUUAAUAGCUAAAAUACCGUCUCAUUUACCACCAACUUUACUUGAUGAUGAAUUACAUCAAUAUUUGGAUCGAUAUCCAGAUCAGUUUUGGCCAACUCGUACAGUUAUCGAUUUAAAACAAUGUUGGUUAACAUUACGUGAAAAUCGUCGAUUGAAUGAUCAAAAAGAUAUUAAUUCUUCGAUAGCACUGACAAUGAAUACAUCGAAUCGUAAAAAACAAACAACUAAUACCACGAUAUCAGAUGAUACUUGCAAAGAAUUUCUUAUAAAUUUUCUGCAUUCAGAUAUCGCUACACGAUCAUUAGACAAUCUAUUGAUUCCAUUUGAACUGACAUUCUUAUCUCGAAUAAAUCAAUCAGUUUAUGAACAAUUAAAAAGUAAACAAAUAUUACCCUAUGCUAUAUUGUACUCAGAUAAUCGACUUCAUUGUAUGUUUUCAAAGCAGCUUCGUAUCGGAACAUCAACAUUGUCAGAUCUAUCAGUCAAUACACAUUUACACAUACAAGCACUUAUUAUUUUGAAAACAAAUUGUUUUUUUAUCGUUAAUAAUGGAGCCGAAUCGUUUCGUGUUAAUGAUGCAUUAUUAAAUGUUAAUGAAGCAGCUCGUUUAGGAACAAAAGCAGUAAUAAGCAUUUCUUCUACUACAAUAUUGUUUCAAACAGUUGAACCAUGA